CCACCACUGUGGGCUGGGCCAGUCCUUUAUUGCCAUCCCUCCUGCCAAGGCACUUAACAGUUUCCAAAGUGUUUCACGCCCUCAUGUCAUUGUAGCCUCUGCAACAGCUCUGUCAAUGGCCAUCAAUGCCCCCUUUCCACGCCAGCAAGCCGAGGCCCUGCGAAGCAGCCUGGGGCUCCCGGGUCUGCAGCUGCUUCGGGAUUAGAACUCGGACCCCUGAGGCGACUCCAGGCUCCUCCUCCAGGCCGCCCCUCCUCCACGCCACCUCUAUCCAGGAGCCUCACUGAGGCCACAAAGCCGGGCUUGGCUCCCACCUCGUUCCUCCUCUGCCGUGGGUCUUGGGCACUAGGAGCCACCCAACGGAGGCAGCGCCGCUGACCGUGGGUACAGUGCCCCUCUCCCCAGCCGUGAGCUGGCGCCAUGGACUGGAAGAAGCUCCAGGACUUGCUGAGCGGUGUGAAUCAGUACUCUACAGCCUUCGGGCGCAUCUGGCUGUCGGUCGUGUUCGUCUUCCGGGUGCUGGUGUAUGUGGUGGCGGCUGAGCGCGUGUGGGGUGACGAGCAAAAAGACUUUGAUUGCAACACCAGGCAGCCUGGCUGCACCAACGUGUGCUAUGACCACUUCUUCCCUAUCUCCAACAUUCGCCUCUGGGCCCUGCAGCUCAUCUUUGUCACGUGUCCCUCUAUGCUGGUCAUCUUGCACGUAGCCUACCGCGAGGAGCGGGAGCGGAAGCAUCGCCAGAAGCACGGGGAGCAAUGUGCCAAGCUGUACAGCCAUCCUGGCAAGAAGCACGGUGGCCUGUGGUGGACCUACCUGCUCAGCCUCGUCUUCAAACUCAUCAUUGAAUUCGUCUUCCUAUAUGCCCUACACAAGCUCUGGCACGGCUUCACCAUGCCGCGUCUGGUACAGUGUGCCGGCGUGGAACCCUGCCCCAACACCGUGGACUGCUACAUUGCUCGGCCCACGGAGAAGAAAGUCUUUACCUACUUCAUGGUAGGCGCCUCCGCUGUCUGCAUUAUUCUCACCAUCUGUGAGAUCUGCUACCUCAUCUUCCACAGGGUUAUGCGAGGCCUGAGCAAGCCUAAAAAGAGUGGCAUCUCCCCAAAGUCCUCCAGCCGAGCCUCCACUUGCCGCUGUCACCACAAGCUUCUGGAGAGCGGGGACCAGGAACCAGACCCAGGCGAUGCCAAGCCGCAGGCUUCAGCUCCCAAUCUGACCCCCAUUUGAACCGCAAGCUGGAGAAGUGAAGCAGGGAGGUACUGCGGGUGGAGGGGUCCUUAGCGGGGCUGGGUGCCCCCACUUUGAAUUCACUAAGCAAGCCAGUUUUGUUUGAUACAGAUAUUCUGGGUUCUGUGCUGGCUACCUAGUAUAGGUAACAUAGCAAACCCAGCUUCAGAGAGACAUUUAGAUUAGCAGAUUAACUACAUGCAUGCAAGGGUCUAUUUAGCUGAGCUGGUAAGCAGUGCUUCUACCUACCCCAGGGGACUGCCAGGCCAGGCAGCCUCGCAGAAAAGCACCGUGGAAGAGAGAAAUGGAGGGGGCUCUACAAAAGAGGUAGCAACAGCAAAAAGAACUGGGGGUCUCAGAGGAGGGGUGCUGGCUGGGGACAGGGGACAGCCAGACAGAGAGAGUGUUUAAAUCCUCACCCCCAUGAGAAGCUGCUCAGGUUCCUAUGUGGAAUGUUCUAGAGGCCAAAGAACGAACGUAGAAAGUGGUAGUAAGUCUUGUCAUGUCAACUGCUGUUUGGGACACCCAGGGGUCCUCUGGAUCACCCUCUCCAACCUCCAUCUUCAGGCAGCAAUACUCUUCUUCCUCCUCCAGGGUGCUCAGUCCACUGCACCCUGUGGCCAGGACCUUGGGCGCAUGCAUGGAAUCUGUACAUCCUAGUCAGUUUCCUUUAGAGCAAUAAAGUUUCGUUUUAUACAGUU